GCCAUCACAGCUCUCCAGACAAAUCUGUAGCAGCACCAAUAAGAGGGGAAAGCUGAAAACUUCUAAGAAAACUUUCAACAGACACUCAAGUUUGCAUCCUGAAAACAGCAGGUUUGCUCCUCAGACAUGGAGUCAAAAACUGAUGGUGGAUCUGCGUCUAUGACCAGCGAAGAACUGGCUGCUAUUGAGGAUGAAGAGGUUCUCAACAAGAUGCUGGACAAUACUACAGAUUUUGAAGAGAGACGAAUGCUACGUGCUGCAUUAAGAGACCUGCUCAAGAAAAAGAGAGAUAAACGGGAGCAGGAUCGAGGGUCGAGGCAGCAGGACCUGAAACAGCAGGGCCUGAGCAAAGGGGGGACAACAGGUGGAGGUGUUAGCAUAGGCAGAGCGUCCAUGAACCAGCAGACGCCAUCAAACAAACCGUCUGGUCAGCUCUCUCCAUCAGCAGGCAGCAUGGCCAGUCCGGCUGAAGCCUCGGCCCAGAAAUGUCCUGCAGCAGCACCCAAUGUAAAAAAUGUCAAACAGAUGCUUCUGGACUGGUGCAGGGCCAAAACAGAGCCAUAUGAGGGGGUGGACAUCCAAAACUUCUCCUCAAGUUGGAAAGACGGUAUUGCCUUCUGUGCCUUGGUGCACCGUUUCUUCCCUGAUGCGUUUGAGUACUCCAUCCUCAAUCCCAACGAGCCGAGAGACAACUUCCAGCUGGCUUUCAGCACCGCAGAGAGGCUGGCAGGCUGCCCCCCUCUGCUGGACGCUGAUGACUUAGUCCGGAUGAAAGAGCCCGACUGGAAGUGUGUGUACACAUACAUCCAGGAGUUCUACCGCAGCCUGGUGGAGAAAGGCCUGGUCAAAACCAAAAAGCGACUUUAAAGUCUGACAGCUUUUGUGAUUUCAUUAUUUACAAUUAAUACACACAUAAGCAUGAUAGGAGUUCAAAACGAUAAUAUUAAGUCUUUGAAACCUGGAUGGACAUUAGUUUUCCUGCGCUGCAUUUAGACGCUUUUCACAAGUAUUUAAACGUUUGCAACGUGAGCGAAAUGGUCUGAUCUCUGUCAAAAACAUGGGGGGGAAAAGGCAAUCAGUAACUUGGCAUGAAAUAUCCCACAGCUUGCAAAAAAUUAAUAAAAAGGUGACCCAAUAAAAGGGACCUGAAAAUUA